AUGUUAGGAGGUAGUGGUGAAUGUGUUUGCUUCUCUGUGUCUUGGCAAGUGGAGGCUGUGAGGAUGUUGGAAUCAUGUUGGAUAGUAGAUGAGGUGGUAAUAAUGGCAUCAAGUAGCAAGUUUUGGAAGGAUGCGUAUAUGUGGAAUGAGCCUCUUGCGGAUUACUGGAUGGAGGGCAAUGCUGUUGGUUGUACUCUUAGCAGGUGUGAGGGUUAUGUUGUGAGAACUAAUAUUCUAUGUGGUGACUAUGAUGUGAUGAGUCUGAUGCGUAGAAGAAAUGCUAGAUUGGACACAAUGUUUGAUACGAGAGUGGAGGAAGAUGCUGAGUUAUCCGAUUGGGAAGGAAGGGGGGCUUCAAUGUUGCCCGGCUUCUUGGGUUUGGAUGGGUUGCGAGCAGAAGAUGUUCUUGAAAUGGAGUUCUCUUCACCUCAGGAGGCAGGCGGCUUCUAUAACAAUUACAGCCGACUGAAGGGCUUUGCAUCACGGCGAGGCAAGACUGUUAGAAACACUGCCGGAGAGAUCGUGCGGUACACUUUUGUUUGUAAUAGGCAAGGAUUUCGAGAGAAGAAAUGGUUGGAAAAGGUUGAUCGCAAAAGGGAGCAUAAGGUAGUUACCCGAUGCGGAUGCAUGGCGGAGAUGAGGAUAAAGAGGAAAGACGGUAGUGGGAGGUGGUAUGUCUCGCGUUUUGUCGAGGAGCAUAACCACGAACUUGCGUAUGGGAAGCUUAUUGAUUAUCUGCUGUCACACAGGAAGAUAUCUGAGGUAGAAGUUGCUCAGCUAACAAGCAUGAGGGAGAUUGGGAUUAGCAUACCUAAGAUUUAUGAGUCUUUCGCAGCACAACUAGGGGGUUUUAAUCUGGUAACAUUCACAAAGCAAGAUAUGUAUAAUGAGAUACGGAAACAAAGAGGUCUGCAAGGCGGAGAUGUAAGUGCGGCUAUUAGGUACUUGGAAGGUCUGGCACGCAUGGAUGGGAAAAUGUUUUGGCGUUACAAGUUGGGGACAGGGCAACACCUAUGCAACUUGUUUUGGAGCGACGGUCGUUGCCAGGAAGAUUAUGGGAUUUUCGGCGAUGUGCUAGCAUUCGACGCUACGUAUGGCCGCAACAAGUACAACCUACCCGUUGUAGUCUUUUCUGGAGUAAACCACCACAACCAGACAUGCGUAUUUGGAACAGCAAUGGUCUCCUGCGAAUCACAGGAGUCAUAUAUUUGGGUUCUUCGCCAGUUUCUGGAAUGCAUGCAAGGUAAGGCACCACAAUCGGUCAUCACGGAUGGCGACCCAGCCAUGCGGAUAGCAAUCCAGUCUGUAUUUCCUGAUGCACAUCAUCGGUUGUGUGCCUGGCAUCUGCUGAGGAACGCGACUGCUAACAUAAGCGACUCGAGAUUCACACAAAUGUUUAGACACUGCAUGUUGGCAGAUAUGGAAAUCGAUGAGUUCGAAGCGCAUUGGGAGGCAAUGCUCAACGAGUGCGGUGUUAGGGAGGUUGAGUGGGUUAAGGACUUGUACACCAAAAAGCACGCUUGGGCCACCGCAUACAUCCGCGGUAGAUUUUUUGCUGGAGUACGGACUACCUCUAGGUGCGAGUCACUACAUGCCAAACUAGGGAGGUUUGUCGAGAGCAGGUACGGGGUGUUAGAAUUUGUCAGAAAUUUUCAAAGGUGUGUGGAUUUUCUGCGUGACACCGAGGACGAGCUAGACUUUCAUGGAACACCUGGAACACCUGUGCUAUAA